GGUUUGUCCUGCAGCAUAUUUCCACACACACUCACACUGUAAAGACAUAGCCCGGGGAGAUGAGCGACUAUUAAUGACUCAGCGUGCCGUGAUAUGGAAAAGAGGCCCCGGGGCCACUCGAGUGUCAGCGCGCAGGACGCAGGAUAGUAGGAGCAGAUACACUGUGGUGGAGGUUAACGCUGCUCCACAAACACUCUGUGCUGUGGAACAGCAUGAAGACAGAGGGUCCAGCAUCUGAGGACACAGAGGACGCCGCGCUGACAGCUCACUGCUGACAUGGAUCACUGUUUUCGGAGAAAGCGGCUCGGUCUGCUGAAGCCGCUGCUCAGUGUGUCUCUGGUCUUUGCGUCUUUUCUCAUGAUCCACAAACUGAAGCUGGCGGAGAAAGACGGGGUUGGAGUGAAACAGACGAGGGGUGCUGACUGGUGUGGCCCCGAGUGCUUUUCAUUCAAACAGGGAGCGGGGAAAAGUGCUCCGGUCAGCUCAGUCUCUCCGGUGCGUAACGAUUUGGAUGCGCACCGGGCUUCCAAUGGGACACCGACUUCCUGGGACGCGCAGGUUCUCAACUGCAGCGAGGACGCGUCGAUCAGGACGAAGGACUGGUUCCGGCGCCUGGACGCGAGGUUUCACCAGUUUGUAUUGCACAGACACUGCAGAUACUUUCCAAUGCUCAUCAACCACCCGGAGAAAUGCGCAGGCGGAGACGCGCACCUCCUCAUUGUGGUCAAGUCCGUAAUCGAGCAGCACGACCGGCGGGACGCUGUGCGUAAAACCUGGGGAAAGGAGCAAACCAUAGACGGGAAGAGAAUCAAAACUUUGUUUCUUUUGGGAAGAGCCACCACUGGCAAGGACACAAAGAACCUCCAGAAACUGAUCGAGUUCGAGGACCAGAUCUACGGGGACAUUCUGCAGUGGGACUUCAUGGACACCUUCUUCAACCUGACACUGAAAGAGGUCAACUUUCUCAAGUGGUUCCACAUCUACUGCUCCAACGUCCAGUUCGUAUUCAAGGGAGACGACGACAUAUUUGUGAACACGAACAACCUGCUGGAGCUCAUCAGCUUCGAAGUGGAGGGGGGCAGGGUGGACAACUUGUUUGUGGGGGACACCAUCAACAAGGCGACCCCGAUCCGAAACCGACAGAGCAAGUACUACAUUCCCAAAGAGCUUCAUGACAAGCCGUACCCGCCGUACGUCGGCGGUGGGGGGUUUCUGAUGUCCUCACAGAUGACCAGGAAGCUGUUCGUGGCCUCACAGGAGCGGGAGUUAUACCCCAUCGAUGACGUGUUUAUGGGAAUGUGUCUGCAGAGUCUUCACCUGCGUCCACAGACGCACCCGGGCUUCAGGACCUUUGGUAUCACCAGGCGCAAGGUGAGCCCCAUGAACAGAGAGCCCUGCUUUUAUAAAAACCUCAUCGUGGUGCACAAACUGAGCCCAGAGGAACUUCUCAGGAUGUGGAGCGUCGUCCACGACAAGGACCUGGUUUGUGCGCAUAGGACAGUGAUGUGACUUUCCAAAGUCAAACACCGCGAGCCAAAGCUCAGCUGACUCUCGUGUAUUGAUCAAACACUUUUAUUUAAAAAAAAAAAAAAAGUGAUUCAGGUGGGAUUUUCUCU